AGGGGUCAAGGGAGGAGUCCUGGGAAGUCCCAGAAAUUUCUCCGUCACCCUGGAAAACUGGUUCAACCAACGUCUAUGCGUCCAUCCCAGGGAGCACAGGUGAAGCCUCCAGAGCCUAUGGAAAAGGGGUGCUGAGCUAGGCCGGCCUCAGCCAUGUCUCAGAGGCACCCCUGGAAUCCCCACUGAGCUGGCCCACUUCGGAGAGCCGGGGCCCAGCCCUCUGGCCCCCUCGGUGUCCAGUAGGUGGCCCCUUGGCAUCUCCAUAGGACACCAAGAUGGAGAUUCCCGCUGGGGCCCAGCACCCCUUCGCAAACAGCCUUCUGCUCUCAGCCUCAAUCCUGGUCCUCUGGGUCCCCCAAGGCUCCUGGGCAGCCCUCCGCAUCCAGAAGAUUCCAGAGCAGCCUCAAAGGAACCAGAACCUUCUCCUGUCUGUCCAGGGUGUCCCAGACACUAUCCAGGACUUCAGCUGGUACCUGGGGAAGGAAGCUGAUGGCAGCACGAGGCUAUUCACCUACAUCCCUGGGCUACAGCGGCCCCAGAGAGAUGGCAACGCCAUGAAUCGGAGAGACAUCGUCGGCUUCGCCAACGGCUCCAUGCUCCUGCGUCACGCCCAGUCCAACGAUAGCGGCACCUACCAGGUAGCCGUCACCAUCAACCCUUCCUGGACCAUGAGGGCCAAGACUGAAGUCCAGGUGGUUGAAAAGCAUAAGGAGCAGCCCAUUACAAGCCUGCCUAUGAAUGCUGGAAUUGUGGCUGCCAUCAUUAUUGGAUCUCUUGCCAUUGGGUGUGUCUUCGUUGCCAUCACUGCCUAUCUCCUGGUGACAAGAGGCUGGAGGGUCCAGAGUCACAGAGCGUCCACUCCAGCAGGCCAGGGGUCUUUGUCGGUCUUGUGCCCAGCUGUGUCCCCAGUGCCUUCAGCAGUGCCCAGCCCAUGGAUAACGGCCACAGAGAAACCAGAGCUGGACCCCAGUCAUCAUGCCGGUGACAACAACAUCUAUGAAGUGCUUCCAUCUCCAGUCCUCCUGGUGUCCCCUCUCAGUGACACAGGGUCCACGAAUGCCAUCAUGCCGCCGAACCUGCCCCUGCCCCCACCUCCACCGCUGGAGAACCAGCCCUACCAGGACCUUCUGAACCCAGACCCUGCCCCUUACUGCCAGCUGGUGCCAGCCCCCUGAAGGGGCCCCAAGCCAGGCCAGUCGGGGCGAAGGAAAGCCUCAGCCCCCUCUGGGAGCCUUGAACCCACAGAAAAGCCACACCAGAGACCCAGCAGGACGAGGCCGUCGGGGCUGUGAGGCCGGUGAGGCGGACUCAGCGGAAGACUCAGCGCAGC